AAUCAAAAUCCAAAUCUGGACAAAUUCAGAACGAGCUGUUUGAAUGGCAAAGAUUUCAAAAGAAAACUGAAACCCAGUGAUAUUAAAUUAAUAUCUUCAGCGAUGGCAAUGUCUGCCGCGGCCCUCUCGCCCUAUCUUGGAAAGCAUGAAGCAGAAGAACAAAAUUUUACGCAUAUUUUGACUUUGCUGGGCAUGGAAAUGGCUGCAAAUCUUGUUUAUGACAUGGGUAAUGAAAGAAAUGCUGGUAUAUGUCAUUGGGUUUGCUUAUAUAUUGGAAAUUUUGCCAUAUUUUUAUUAAUUGGCAUUGCAGGAAUUGUACUUUGGACAUUUGACUUUUCUGCGGUCUCGACCGUGGUAAUUACAGCUAUAAUUGCGUCACUGGUAUUGGUUUGCAUCUUGAUAUCGGCUUGUUUUAAUAAUUCGCCAACACACAGUUGGUUACUUGUACACCUGCCCAUUUAUCGUUUUGUGAAUUCGCUUUUAAAUUUCAUCCACCAUGGUUCAACACCACCAGCUAUGUUACAUCUAAGUGACGGUGGCCAUUUUGAAAACUAUGGCCUCUUACCCCUGUUAAAGUUGCGAUUACCGAGAAUUCUGGUCGCGGAUGGAUCCCAUAUUGAAUCAGAAGAUGACUAUGCUAAGGAAAUCAUACAGGUUAUGGAGUAUGCGCGUGAGAUAUUGGAUUGCUCUUUCACUGCAAUGGACGGAGGAGAUGUGUUGACUGACAUAAAGAAUAAAUAUGUCCAUCCCAAGGAUGUAGAAAAUCAGAAAUAUCCAAGGAUGUAUAAGUUUAAAGUUCUUUACUCUGAAAGUGGUAGGUGAUUAGCUAAGAAAAAUUCAACUUUGACCGUAAAUGUCUUAUAGAACGUUCCCCGGUUUGGACAGUUCCGCAAAUGUCAUGGAAAUACCAGAAUGAGAGAUA